GUCCCCCGAGCUCGACAAAUCCCAACGGCCGCAAAGCACCCGCCCGCCUCCCUCCUUCCUUCCUUCGCCAAUCGCUACCCUCUCGCGCGCCACGCGCUCACCUGACGCGGCCACGGCACCACCGGGCGCCACCGCUGCCGCCAAGGGGAAAGGCUCCUCCUCGCCGUCCACACCGCCGCCGCCGCCGCCGACGCGGAGGUCCCGUCGCACGGCCGUCGUCGCGAUGGCCGCGUCCGUCCUCGCGCUCGCCGUCGCGAUCCUCCUCGGCGCCAGCUCCCGGGUCGACAUGGGCGACGCCGCCUCGCCCGUAGCGGAAGAGGGGCUCGAGGUCACUUACGGGAGCACGGUGAAGCUGAUGCACGAGAAGACGAAGGUGAGGCUGCACUCGCAUGACGUGGCCUACGGCUCCGGCAGCGGCCAGCAGUCCGUCACUGGCUUUCCAGAAAUCGACGACUCCAAUAGCUACUGGAUUGUGAAACCUUCUCUAGAUUCAUCGGCUAAACAAGGUGAUGCCAUUGAAACUGGUACCAUCGUCAGAUUGCAACACAUGAGGACACGGAGAUGGUUACAUAGUCACUUGCAUGCUUCACCCUUAUCUGGUAACCUAGAGGUCAGCUGUUUUGGUGGGGAUGGACAAUCAGAUACUGGCGAUUAUUGGAGGCUAGAAAUUGAGGGAAGUGGUAAGGUAUGGAAGCGGGAUCAAAAAGUACGACUCCGACAUGUGGAUACAGGAGGCUAUCUGCAUAGUCACAACAAGAAGUACAACAGGCUUGGUGGUGGGCAGCAAGAGGUCUGUGGUGUUCGAGACAAGCGAGCUGAGAAUAUAUGGUCAACAGCGGAGGGCGUUUAUCUUCCAGUUAAUGUUAGCAAGUGAAAUGGGGCAUUGUAGUUUUUCAUGUUUCCCUGCGAGUUACCAUAGCAUCAGAAAUUUUGCUGACAUUUUCAUCUGUCCAUCCUUAUAAUAUAAACAAGGGGCCUGACACCCGGAGUGAUAUGUUAAAUAUAGACGAUUCACACAAAAUGUGCAUGCCGUCCUAUGUAGUGAUAUGUUAUAUGAUAUUGACUCUCUUCAUUGCACUGAAUUAUUCAACCAUUUUUUUGGAAACUGAAUAUGUACACUAUGUUGGUUUA